AUGGUUUCUAAGAAAAUAUUAAUUCUUGGAACACCAAGUUCAGGAAAACUAACAUUUCUUAAAGAAUUAACUGGAACCUUACCGGAAAUUUCUUCAGAUAGAAAAAAUCAUGCAGGAAUUAUACAUCAGAUAGAAUUUGAGACAAAAUAUUAUAAAAAAACAGUAGAUAUUUGGAUAGAUGAGUUUCAGUAUGAAGAAAUUGAACUAUGGAUUAAGCAAUAUCUAUCAGAUGAAGCAUCUCAAGUAAGAGAAGUACUGGGUGCAAUUAUUAUUGUUUUUAGAGAAACAAAAGGACCCAAAUUUAAUGAAUAUGUUAUAAAACAAGUAAAAGAAGUUAAGCGAAUAAUUGAAGCAUGUGGUCCUUUGUGGGAUGGAGUAUUAUUAGCUAUAAAAGUUCCAGAAAAAAAUAUAUCAGAUACUAAUUUGACGAAAUAUAUUGACGAUAAAGCCCUUUCAGAUGCAUGUUUUAAUGAAGGUUUCGAAUAUGUUGAUCUUGAAUAUCAGUCUACAAAUGAAUCAAAAGAAGGUAUUGAGAGAGUUAGAGAAGCAUUAGAGGCAUAUGUUUGGGAUGAAAAGCUAUUUGAUUCCAUAGAAGACAUUUUUAAUGAAAACAAUGAAGAAAAUAUGAAUAAAAAAGGUAGCGAAAAAGAUGUUGAAGAAUUUGAAAAGCUCGCAUCAAAGAUUAUGGCUCUUCGAGAACAAGCAAAUUUACUUCCUCUUUCAGAACGACAAUCUUUUAUCUUAAAAGCAUUAAGGUAA